AUUGGAUAACUUGUAUAAUCUAAGUAGUCACUGUUGACUUCAGCUUUUUACUUCUUUUUUGUUUCAUUAAUUAUGGACAUUUUAUCCGAUCAAGAACAUUCAGUUCGAAAAAAAAGACCGUGUGGUGAUGUACAUUAUCUAAUUUGUGUUAUCAAGAUAUUGUAACUUCAUCGGCAGUUAAUUAAUUCUGUGUGACAGCAACUCAACUCUGUCAGUCAUGAGUAACAUCAAUAAUUAUUAUUGUGAUCAUUGCACAUUUUUGAACAAACCAAACGCAAAAAUUUGUGACAUGUGCUCAAAAUCGUUAAAGUCAGCUAUCGUAUCGACGGUUGAUGAAGAUCGUGAUGGUAUUCAAUGUGCUACUUGCACAUUUGUAAACGAACCAGAAGUCGAAAUUUGUGAAAUGUGUCAUCACACUGUAUUUAGCUUGGAAGGAAACAUUGCUGAUCCCGAACCCAAACCCGAUAUGCCAAUGGAUGAAUGUCCUCGACAGGAAUGUAAACUAUGCUACGAAGCCAUUGGAACCAAUUAUUUUGCUAUGUUUGACUGUGUUCACAUAUUUUGCCACGAUUGUGCAGUUGGAUACUUCACAAACCAAAUCACUCAACGUCCCAUUUUGGAUUGCAUUUGUCCGUUUUGCAACGUACCUGACUUGCAUUCGAAUGCCGACAAGCAUGAACAAUAUUUUUCAUUAUUGCUCGCAAUCCUGAAACCAAUUUUAGACGAAAAUAUCGUCAAUGUUUUCGAAAAGAAGCUGACGGAAGUGGCUCUCUCAAAGGAACCGAACUUUGUUUGGUGUAUUCAGUGUACGUCUGGAUUCUUAAAGAAUUCACAUCUAAAUAUGGUUCGAUGUCCUGAUUGUAGAGUGAGAUUUUGUUUUCAAUGCAAAAAAGUUUGGCAAACGCAACAUAUGAACAUAACAUGCGAACAAUUCGCUCAAUGGCAACGUGACAAUAAUAUCCAAGUUUCGCAGGAUGCUAUCGGGAAUUAUUUACAGAAGAACGGCAUUGAUUGUCCUAAAUGUAAAUUUAGAUAUGAUUUGUCCAGGGGUGGCUGCAUUCACUUUACCUGUACUCAAUGUAAACAUGAAUUUUGCUUCGGUUGCAGCAGACCAUUUUUGCGUCAGUGCACUGUUUCGCCAUACUGCAAGAAUCUCGGGUUGCAUUCACACCAUAAGAGAAAUUGUUUGCACUACUUACGCGAUAAGCCAGUGGCUGAACUGCAAGGAUUGCUUGAGGCAAAUCAAAUCAAUUUUAUGGUUGAAGUGUCUGCGCUCUUCACCAGUAACAAAGUUAGCGAUAACAAUAACUGUCAGAUCGAGCUUCAAAUUAUAAAAGGAAACAGCAUUAUUGACACCACUUGCAGAGAACCGACAAAAGGAGGACAGGCUGGUCUGUGUGAAAAACAUUACAAGGAAUUCUUGAUUUUGGCCAUAACGAAAUCCAAUCUCGAAACGAAUUCGAUUCUGACUGUGACCAACUAUCACGAGUUGCUUCGAUUCCAAGGUAUUGCUAUUCCGCCACGAACUCUUAACCAAAAAGAGGAUGAAUAUAAAAGGAUUUGCGAAAUGCUUGUAACAAACAACAUCCCACUGAAAUGAUGUAGUCCACCAAUCGAUCGAGCGGAGUCUCUGUACAACAUUCAAUUUUUAUAUAUUGCAUUUUUUGUCGUCGACGACACCAUCGAACAAGUUUCUAAUAAAAAACCUUGAAUUCG